CACAGAGGAGGAGGAUGAGCCAGACUCCGGGAGGCACUGGUGACACCGCUCCGCAAACACCAAGUUGGGGACCCGAGGUGGAAGGAGGGAGCCAGGAUGUCCGUGCAAUCCCCUCUCUGACCCCAGCCCCGGUGUUCAUCCAAGGCUAGUUUGGUGCUUGAGCAGGGGCCCACACCUCAGCUGUCCUCCAGGGAGCUGUGCUGAGCACCUCGUGACCCCUGGGCAAACCUUGAGGGUUCUCAUCUCCAUCCUUGGUCCUUCCCAGCCCACCUCUAUGCCUUUGGACCCCCAGAGAGGAUGUCUGUGCCCCAGAUCCAAAUAGAAGAGGCUCUGGACAGCAUGGAUGCAGGCUCUGGGGGGGUUCCUCCUCCGGAUGAUCACCUGAGGACCCUCAAGGCGUUGACAGAGAAGCUGAGACUGGAGACCAGGCGCCCUUCCUACUUGGAAUGGAAAGCAAAGCUGGAGGAGCAGGCUUGGAAGAGUCCCCAGCCCGAGGGGGACGGGGAGGACGAGGCCACCAAGGCCAAAAAGACCCCAGGGGAGACUGUCCCCAUGAGGAAGGUGCAGCUGCACCUCAACGGGAGCCCUGCCCAGGACAAGGGGACUGUCACCUCAGGGAGAAUAGGUGGCUUUGAGAGCAUCGACGAAGCUUUGACGUGGCUCAGGAAGGAGCUGGCAGACAUGCGCCUGCAGGACCAGCAGCUGGCCAGGCAGCUCAUGCGGCUGCGCAGCGACAUCAACAAGCUGAAGAUCGAGCAGACGUGUCACCUGCACCAGCGCAUGCUCAACGAUGCCACCUACGAGCUGGAGGAGAGGGACGAGCUCGCCGACCUCUUCUGUGAUUUCCCCCUCGUGAGCUCCUUCAGCCUCUCCACGCCCCUCAAGCUCAUCGGGGUCACCAAGAUGAACAUCAACUCCCGCCGGUUCUCGCUGUGCUGAACGGGGGGGAAGGAGAGGGAAGGACGGGGGAGAAAGAGGGAGAGGACUCUCUCUGCCUCAUGGCUGGGUGAGGAGAGGCCAACGAGGAGCAGAGGGAACCCGCAGCUGGGCUUGGUGGCAGCGUAGAGGUGGCCACUGGAAUGGCUCGUGGGGAAGGCAGGACCUGCGUGGAAGAAGCCUGGAGAGCAUCCAGACACAACACAUCACUCAGCUCCUUUGCCAAGUCCCUUCUCCUCCUCUUCCUCCCACAGGACGCAGCUCGGUGUGGGUGGCUGUGCUCAGAAAUCAAAGGAGGGGUCAAAAAUCAGCCACAAAGCAAAAUCCCUCUUCCCUUCCCCUUCCCCUCCUCCCAGGCUGGAGCAACCACGUCACUGUCCUUCAUGGAUGUCUCCUUGGGCACCAACCCUCAGCCUCUGCUGCUCCAAGCGUGUGAUCCAUGGGGCUGCUUCAGGUGGGAAGCUGAUUUCCAGCGGGAAGGAGCCCUCCCAGCAAGCAAAGGACUGUGAGUCAAGUGGCACCAGCACCAAGAAGCGGUGAGAAGGUUUGUUUUUGGAUUGCUCCGUAGAGUCCAGGGCACUACAGCCUCUUCUUGCCUGUGGCAUAGAUCAUGGACUCAGCAUGGGCACAUUCAGAGAUUCCAGCUGCCCAGAAGUCUCCUGUGUGCCCUGGAAGUCACACCUGGAGCAACACCCGUUUCUGGCCCUGUUGGAUCCUGCUGUCAGCCACAAGACACCCUGUGGUUCACCCUGAAAACAAGGAAGUGUUGUACCCAAGACAUCUCCUGACAGAGAAACCCCCAGGCUGACACCCCCCAGCAGCAGCACCAGCAAACCCCGGAUCCUCUGUAGCAACACACAUCCAUCCGAGAGAGGAACUUCAAGAGGAGAAAGGGGACUUUUGGGUAAUGAACUCAAAAUAAGACUUAAAACCUAAGGGAGAAAUUGCUGUGAUGAGCAGCACAGGGGGUUCCCUCCCUGCCCAGCAGAAUGUGAGAUGGAUGCUGUAUUUUCUUGCCUUUCCAGUGCACACAGCUGCCUGUACCUGGCACGGGGGGCAGAGACCUCUGGUGCUGCCCAGCAAGGGACUCCAGAGGUCUUGCCAUGGCAAUUUUGGGGCACCUGGCACCCAAGACUGUACAGAUCAAUCGUGGAUGCCUUCAGGCUCUCCCUCCUGUGCCCACACCACUCCUGACCCUGUCAGAGUGGAGCACUCCUGCCCGUGGUGUCCCUGCCCAUGGCAGGAGGGUUGGAAUCAGAUAAUCUUUAUGGUCCUGUCCAACCCAAACCAUUCUACGAUCUCAGCCCAGCUCUGCUCCUCACCCCGUGCCCGAGCAGGAGCAGACCUGGCUGUGUCCACAGCCCAAGGCCUGGGAAGGAGCAGGAGGAGCAAUCCCACUGCUCUGGAAGCUGUGGCUGUGUCGAUGUGCCUGUAGCUGUCUGUGAGCUCUGUGUGUGUGUGUCAGUGGCUGUGUGUGUGCAUCUGAGCCCGCAGGACGCCUCUCCCGGGAGGCUCCGGGCUGGGUUCACGCCUUUGUUCCGAAAUGUGACGGGAACCGGGAUCCGGCGAGACCCCGACGUGCCUGGGAAGAUGAAAGGAGGCUUCCAGACCUGGGGCUCCACAGGGAGUUUUAGGUUGGUGCAGGGAAGACAAAUAAUUUGUGUGCAGCCACAGGUCUCCCUGGUAGGGACAAAUUAAGGGGUUCAGAGACGUGUGGGGUGGGGAGUCUGAGCUGAGCUCAGCCCUCCAUCCCCCACAACCCCUGGGUGAUGCCUCCCCAUCCCCUCCAAAGCUCCCCGAGUAUCUUUUCUUUCUGCUAAGGAAGGAGGAAUUUCAGGCACCAGGGCUUUAUCUGUACCAUCAGCACCAUGCCUGGGUGCUGAACCCUGUGCUCCUUUUAUUUUGGGUUGUGACCAGACUGUCACUUGGCCUCUGGACAAGACAACCAGCCACGGUGCCAUUCAGUUUACUAGGAACAGCCUUAUUUCCCCAUGGACAUCUUGGAAAAAAGAAACAAACCCACCUCAUUAAAAUUCUUCUUUGUUUACAUUUUUUCAUAAAAAUAAAUCAGUUUAUGUCCCACAUGUUGAUUUUCAGAGGUGUUUUCAAUCAGUGGAUAGAAAUUAUAGGUUUUUUACAUGAAAAUAAUGCCUUGGAAAGGGGGAUUGGUUCUCUUUAGAGUCAACUGGAGUGGAGUACAGGGUGGGCCUGCCUUUGGGCUCUUGUCUGGUAGCCAAAAGCAGGAGAUUAACUCAAGCACAGUCCUAGUGGGUCAUCACACGUGGCAUUAGAAAAUCAGACGUCUGGGUUCCAGACAUGCAUUUUCUGCAUUAAGGGGGAUGAGGGGUGGGUGUAACUGCCAGCUGUUUGUCGAAAUGCACAGUUUUUUUAAUCAUAAAAACUCUGUCUGUAUUGAUUUCUGCCUCUGGUCUCUCACUGUGCUGGGGAAGCACCAGGAUGGUGUGCUCCAGGAUUACAGGUGUGCCAGGUUUUUUUUUUUCCUGGCAGGUUUUUGUAUCCACUCACACCCAUCAGCUCCACCUGGCAGUCCAGGAGGGAUGGGAGGAAAAUAAGGUUGGAGCAGUUAUGGUGUAUUUGGACAAAAAUGUGUGGGAGAUAAAGCAAAAAAAAUAAAUAUUAAAAAAAUAAUUUAUGUUUUAUGUUAGCUAGUCACUGGGUGAAAAGUGAGUCCAGGCAGUUGACAAAUAUCAGGUUAGGGAGGAAAAAUAAAUAGAAAUAGGCCUGAUUUUUGCUGAAUUUUCUUUAAAGUAAAGAGUCAUCCAAAUGCUGGAUCAGAUUUGAGAAACAUGAGGACAGGUCACUGUUCCCACCACAAAAUUCCCAGAGAGGAGCCUGCAGGUCUCAGCUGUCCACAACGAGAUGAUUCAAACCCUCGAGUGCUGCUUCCUCUCCUGUGGCUUGCAGCCACAUUCCCUCUCCCAGAAGCCUGGAGACAAAAGCUGGUGGAAAUCAAGGUUGGUCCUGCAGAAGUCCAUCCUGAAAAUGCUUUUUUUAUGGGCCAGCUGCAUCUCCAUCUGGAGCACCAGUGGCUGCUGCUCCAUCUCUUGGAAGCAGGAAUCUUCUGGGCGCUGAUUCCAGUG